AUGUCGGCAGCAGCACCUGUUGCAGCUUCGGCUGAUGCCGAGGCUAAGCCGCAGAAGAAGAGUGCACCGAGCGCAUUGCGGUCGAUUCUGGCGGGCUCAACGGCCGGCGCAGUUGAGAUUUCCAUCACAUACCCGGCCGAAUUCGCCAAGACGCGCACACAGCUGAACCGACGGCUGCCAGACGGCCAGAAGCUGCCGUGGCCGCCCUUUGGGCGACAGUGGUACGCGGGCUGCACGACGCUGAUCAUUGGCAAUUCAGCCAAGGCCGGGAUUCGCUUCGUGGCCUUUGACCAGUACAAACGGCUGCUGGCGGACGCGGACGGCAAGCUGUCGGGUCCGCGAACGGUGCUGGCGGGCUUCGGAGCGGGCGUGACGGAGUCGCUGCUGGCGGUGACGCCGACGGAGAGCAUCAAGACGACGCUGAUCGACGACCGCAAGUCGGCCAAGCCGCGGCUGCGCGGAUUCCUGCACGCGGUGCCUAUCAUUGCGCGUGAGCGCGGUCUCCGCGGCUUCUUCCAGGGUUUCGUGCCGACGACGGCACGUCAGGCGGCCAACUCGGCCGUCCGCUUCUCGUCCUACACCUUUCUCAAGCAGCUGGCCGAGAGCUACACGGCGCCGGGCGAGAAGCUCGGCACGGCCGGCACCUUUGCCAUGGGCGCGCUCGCCGGCACCAUUACCGUCGCUGUCACGCAGCCGCUCGACACCAUUAAGACGCGCAUGCAGAGCAUCGACGCCCGCCAGCUCUACGGCAACAGCGCCCGCUGCGCCGCCCUGAUCCUGCGCCAGGAGGGCGUGCUGACGUUCUGGAGCGGCGCCCUUCCGCGCCUCGUCCGGCUCGUCCUCAGCGGCGGCAUCGUCUUCACCAUGUACGAAAAGAGCAUCGAUCUCUUCGGCCGGCUCGACCCGGACGGCAAGUACAUAUAG